AUGAGUCGCCAAUAGAGACUCAUCCAUUUUGGAUUUUACUGUGCCGAGAGAUAUUUUUGUAAAGAAAAAUCUUGCACAUGUGGUGGUCAUUCGAAUGGUGUAUUUGCUGGUAACAAAACAGCUGACUCUUUUGCAUGUGGAUAGGCUUGUAUAGCGAUAGGGGACUGCUCGAAGAAGACGUAUAUUUGGUGAAGCAGAGUCGAUCGAAAAGCACUUCGUAACAAGAGAUCGCGUCCCGCAUCCGCGAUCAGUUGCUCGUCAAUAUUUGCGGUGAAAAGAAGAUUAAUUUCACUCGCGAGCUGAUCAACAUUUCCAUCCACUCUGGAAGAAUUUAUUUUUUUUUAAAAAGAAAAGUAUUGUUGCAGCAGUGAAGAUUUUAUUAAAAAAAAAAACUUUUUUGUGGUUGCCACUUUUGGCAAAAAUUGUGAGAUAAAUUUCUUAGUGCGUUAAAUAAACAUUUAAUUGUAAAAAGUGCAUAAAAAGUUGUGAAGUGAACACAUUUUAAGAAACAGAAGUGAAAACAAUCUUAACACAUUUUUUGGAGUGCGUAUGAGAGCAGUAUUACUUACUUUGUGUGCCUCCUCAAAGUAAGAAGACAAAGCAGGGAGAACCUUGUCUCACAAACUGAUAAAUCAAUUUACAAAUCUUGUUAAAAAGUUUUUCGUCUCUUUUCGAAAAACAUUGCGUCAUAGAACGAUAAUUUUUUCUUCCAGUAAUCUUGCAGAAGAGUUUGUUGCGCGAAGGCACAACAGUUGCAGGUGAGAGAUGCCAGAGGAGAAGGUCCAGGGCAAAUCUUCGGAGCCACUGAGCAAGGGCGAAAAAAUUGAACCAUUCGAGGAGGAUCAACUGAUAUUUGGCAAUGCAACACACAAGAAGUUUUCACCUCUAUGGCGACAGGUUUGGGCCGCAUCUGGCGCAAUUCUAGCCACAAUUUCUGCAGGAAUGACAUCAGGAUACUCAGCCACACUCUUACCUCAACUCCAGGCGAAUGAUAGUGAGAUUGUAAUUACACAUGAUGAAUCCACCUGGAUUGCCUCAAUGGCGGCCUUGCCUAUGGCUGCUGGAUGCCUCAUGGCGGGAUAUAUGAUUGAGCUCUGUGGAAGGAGAAUGUCCCACUUGAUCCUAUGCGUACCCUUUGUCGUUGGUUGGGUAAUGAUUGGUAUGGCGCGCACAAUCAUCUGGAUUCUCAUUGGAAGAUUCCUCACGGGGCUGUGUGUUGGACUCUUAGGACCUGUGGGAACAGUAUUUAUUGGAGAAACUAGUGGCCCCAAGUAUCGGGGGAUUCUCCUUGCCGCCAUUUCAUUAGCAAUUGCUGUGGGUAUUCUUAUUGCACAUAUCAUAGGGACUUUUCUCAAUUGGAAAGUCACCGCAAUUAUUUGCGGAAUUUUCCCAUUACUGUGCUACAUUGUGGUCUUCUUCGUACCUGAAAGUCCUUCGUGGUUGUUGUCGAAAGGGGAUGUGUCCAAGGCGACAGACGCUUUUUUCUGGCUCCGUGGAUAUGAUGAGGAAUCCAUUGCAGAGCUAAAGAGCUUAAUGAAGAAGUACCAAAAGAUCGAAGGACAAAAGGUUACGUGGGCAGAAACAUUCGAUAGGCUCAGACAACCUACAUUUUGGAAGCCAAUGGUUAUCCUACUAAUUUUCUUCUUUGCCCUCCAAUUUUCCGGCGUGAAUACUGUUGCAUUUUAUUCAGUGACCAUCAUGAAGGAUACCCUCGGAGAUGGGAUUAAUGAAUAUCUAGCCAUGAUCAUACUGGACAUUGUACGUACCAUUAUGUCCGUCAUAGCAUGCAUACUGCUGAGGGUGGCUGGGAAGAGACCUCUAUCGAUUACAAGUGCCUUUGGAGCGGCAUUCUCCAUCUUCGGACUGUCAGCUUUCCUCCUAUUAGCACCACCAAAUUCCACAUCACUCGCUUGGAUUCCUCUGACAUGUCUCGUUGCAUACAUUUGCUUCGUCAGCAUUGGACUUAUGCCUAUUCCAUGGUGUCUCACUGGGGAGCUCUUCCCGCUCUCAGUGCGUGGCGUUGGAUCUGGGAUCUCAUCAGCAUUUAACUUCUUCACCUUCUACGUGGUAGUUCAAACAGGACCUUAUAUGUUCCGUAGCCUCACAACACCAAUAACAUUUGCAAUUUACGGCGCUGUAGCAUUCCUGGGUGGUAUCUUCCUUGUCUUCUUCCUCCCAGAAACACGCAAUAAAACAUUGCAAGAGAUCGAGGAGACCUACAUGAGGUGGAAAGACAAAUCCCAACCGUAGGAUUUAUUUUUUUUUAUAAAAAAUAAGAACAUUUGUAUGUCGUGUUGUAUGUGUGUUUUAGUCACAAAUCUUAAACAAUUUUACUCUAUAAGGUAUAACGAAAAAUACAGUGAUUUUUUAUUAUACAAAUUAAA